AUGUCUCGUUCUACAUUCCUGACGACGACAACGUCGUCAUUACAGGCAAGUGAGGCACCAUCUCUUCCUACAACAACAACAACAACAAAUACAGAUCAUACACGUGCCCUUCGUUUUCAUCAUCGUUUAAUGCCGACUAUUUCAUCAAGUAGUCGAUCAAAUGAAACAUUACCUGUUGUUGUUGUUCAAUCGUCAACAACGACAACAGAUUCAACAACAACAAUAACGACAAAUACUACUCAACAUCAAUCAGUAGUACGUCUUAAUCCGAAACAUAAAAGAAAUACCAGAGAUAAACGUCGUGCAACUGGUAUACGACCAGAUGAUGUUUUGUCAGCAAGUGCAUUAACUGAUAAUUCUUUUAAUAAUAAUGAUGAAGAAGAAGACAAUACAACUCCACGCAAUCAAUUUAUUACGCUUACUAAAUCAGAACCGAGUGAUUCAUUUGAACAUAAUCAAACAAAUUCGCCAAAACCAGUGUUUAAAAUUAGUCGUGUGCAACCAACAUUUGAUGACAAUUCCCGACAUUCAUUUGAAAAAUUAACAAUUUCACGACCAGUGGCAUCAGCAACUAUAUAUCCAAAUACAUCAACAUCAAUUUUUCAACCCACAGAAUUUAUUGUUCGUCGACAAACAUCGGGUGAUGAUUCUUCAACAAUAAAAUAUCGACAAUUUGAAGAACAUAUUCGUACACUUGAAUCUGUUAUACAUGAUAAAGAUUCAAUAAUUCAUGAUUUACAACGUAAAUUAGAUCGAGUUACAAGAGAUUUAACUGAUGCAGAACAACAAAUAUAUGUAUUACAAAGAGAUAAAUUAACAUUAAUUAAAGCUUUAACAUCAAUGGAAACUCAACCAUCGUCAUCAUCCGGAGGAGGAGGAGGAACAGAUCAUUCAACAUCAACAAUACGAACUGGUUUUAUAACAAGAAAUUAA